CGGAGGAGGAGAAGGGGGGCGGGGGAAGGGGAGACCGCCGCGUGGUUCCUACCCACAACCCCCCUCCUUCCCCAGUGACCGAGGGCGCAGGAGCCGCCGCACCAUCUCUCUCUCCAUCCUCCCUCCUCCCGAAUGGUCUCUCCCAGAGGUUACCGGAAGUAGUGCGGCGCUGCUGCCAUGUUCCCUGCCGCCGCUUUGUUGUAGCCUCUGAUGUAGGAGCUGCGCGUUUUUUUUUGUUUUUUUUUUCUCUUCCUUUUUUUUUUUUUUUUUCUUCCCCCCCCCCCCCCCCCCCCCUGUUCCUUCAGCAGCAGCCGCACCCCUCCCCCUCCUCCUGCUCCCGCCUCCCCCCGGACCGCCAUGGAGGCCAACUGGACGGCUUUCCUGUUCCAGGCUCAUGAAGCGUCCCACCACCACCACCACCAUCACCAUCAUCAACAGCAAGCUGCCCAGAAUAGCUUGCUGCCACUCUUGGGAGCUCCAGUUGAGCCUCCUGAUCAAAAACCUAUGUUACCUUUACCAAUAACUCAAAAACCCCAACCUCAGCCGGAGGGUCUGAAAGAGCAUGUUGUAGUAAAGAAAGAAAAGACCAAAACUUCCUUUGUGUGCACCUAUUGCAGCAAAGCCUUUAGGGACAGUUACCAUUUAAGGCGCCAUGAAUCCUGUCAUACCGGGAUUAAGUUAGUGUCACGACCAAAGAAAACACAGACUGCACCGGUCGUGCCACUCAUAUCGACUAUUGCAGGAGACAAUAGUAGAACCUCCUUGGUUUCAACGAUUGCAGGGAUACUGUCGACUGUUACAACGUCGUCUUCAACUACAAUUCCUAGUGCCAGCACUAGCAUCCCAACUAUGCCCAUUACUCAACCAGUGAAGAAGCCUAGCAAGCCCGUUAAGAAAAACCAUGCGUGUGAGAUGUGUGGGAAGGCUUUCAGGGAUGUGUAUCAUCUAAAUCGGCACAAGCUAUCCCAUUCAGAUGAAAAACCCUUUGAGUGUCCAGUCUGCAAUCAGCGUUUCAAGAGGAAAGACCGCAUGACCUAUCAUGUAAGAUCUCAUGAAGGAGGGAUUACCAAACCCUAUACCUGCAGUGUUUGUGGAAAAGGAUUUUCAAGACCUGAUCAUUUAAGUUGUCAUGUGAAGCAUGUCCACUCCACCGAAAGACCCUUCAAAUGCCAGACGUGUACUGCUGCCUUUGCCACGAAAGACAGGCUGAGGACACAUAUGGUGCGCCACGAGGGGAAGGUGUCUUGUAAUAUCUGUGGCAAACUUCUUAGUGCCGCCUACAUCACCAGUCAUCUAAAGACACAUGGCCAAAGUCAAAGUAUUAACUGCAAUACGUGUAAGCAAGGUAAAAAGUUUCAAGGACAACUUCACGAACUUCAAACUCCACUUCAUUGUAGAAUCAAAUAUGAAGCCCCAGACUCACUCUUUUGUGCUGUGGAUCAGAAUCACAGGACCUUUUCAAUAGGUGAUUUUAUGUCUUCAUACCAGCUGAUUCAGAAGCCAUCUACAUUGCAAUACACAAGCAACAUGUGCCAAACUUCUACUGUAGCUCAGACGUCUGUGACUCUUACUUCUCCUUUCAAUAUUACAUCCACUAUGGCAGCAUCGGGGACCCUAACAAACCCAGUAACAGUGGCAGCAGCCAUGAGCAUGAGAAGUCCAGUGAAUGUCUCAAGUCCUGUUAACAUCACUUCUCCCAUGAACUUGGGGCACCCAGUGACCAUAACAACACCAAUUUCAAUGACUUCACCUUUGUCCUUAACAUCUUCAGUCAAUCUGCCUACCUCUGUUACUUCUCCAGUGAAUAUAGCACAUCCAGUCACUAUAACGAGCCCUAUGAAUCUGCCAACAUCAAUGACUUUAGCAGCCCCAUUAAAUAUAGCAAUGAGACCAGUGGAGAGUAUGCCAUUCUUAUCCCAAGCUCUACCAUCUACACCACCUUGGUAAAGAAGUUGAAAUGAAAAAAGUAUGUAUUCACAACAGUAUUCAAAGUAUGCUUGUUCAAUAGUUCUCUACAGGCAACUUACAUUAUGAUUUACCAAGGAGGCAUAUAAAAUGUGCUGCAGACUGAACUUCUGAUUAAUUUCAUUGGUAAUUAGUCGGCCUCAUCACUAGUGACCUGGACCACACCCACUGAAGAAAGGGGGGAUGGGACAUAAAAAUGAAGACUGCAUAUAGACUAGAAGACUGUUUGCGACAGAAUUGAAAAAAAAAAAAAUUUUUUUCGUAUUUUACCCAAAUUAUUCCUGUUUUUAAAUAACACUAGCAAGAGAUGUCUUUGUUGUAAUCCAACACAUUUCGAUACUUCCCCUCCCCUCUUUUUUAUUUUUUUUAUUUUAUUUUUGAAUCACUACUAUAACAGAUGCAAGGACAGAUGCUCCUCUGUGCUUCUUAAGUGGCAAUAUUCCAAGUAAAUUAAACCUGUAGAACACAGUAAUGUGUGUUCCUAAGAAUCCGCAUUUCUCAGCAAUGGAGGUUUGUAAGCAGUAUUCCAUAGGAAAAUGGAAGUUUCCAAUAUUUAUCUGGAAAGCACAUGUAACUUAAGUCGCUCUCACAUUGAGCGAAUACAUAUUAGUGACACAGGCUAAAAUGAAAUUUCAAAAAGAAAUUCUCAAGUUCUUUGAUUACUUGUCCCACUUUUGAUUCUUGACUCCUCAGCAUUUUGAAUGUAAAUAUUUUUCAUUUCACAGCAAGAAAGGGAGUAUUCUCAUUUCUAAUUUUUGUCAAAUUAUACGUUUGUCCAACAAGAAUCUUGGAAAAUGUGUCACACCAUGGAAAGAUAAAAAUGUUUUUCAAAUUAGUGGUCACGUCAAUUACCCUCGGAUGUCUACUUCUCUGUUGAAGCCUUAUUACAAGUUUUGUCUUGAUUAUUGACGUGUAGCUAAGAAAUGCAGAAAAGCAUAUUAUAACCAGCAUGAAAUUGAACAAAAGGAAGAUUUUUCAAGAAAAAUUUAAAACAAUGUUUCACUUAACGGGUGUAGAAGCACAAGGAGGAUCUGAAUGCGCUAACCCAUUUUGGACUUUCUGAUGGGACAGAAAAGUUGUAGGAGAUGUUUGUUUUUUAAUUAAAAUUGUAUACAGUUUGUUUUCUAACCACUAAUUAGGUAGUGAGCCCAGCAAGCCAAGCCAAGAUUAUAUAAAGAUUAUUCAUAUGUGGUUUUGUGUUUUUGUUUUCUUCCUUUUUGUGUGUUUUUUCUUUAUGAUGUUAUUAAUUGUGUGCUGUAGAAAACUGUUUAUUGUGUAAAUAUGUUAGCAUUUUUUUAUAUUCAAAUCCUCGUUCUUGCUAGUAUUCUUUUAGUGACAGUGGGACUUUGCCUGUUUUGGCCUGUCCCCCAAUAGCACUUGCUUAUUGGUCAGAUCAUACACUUAACCACACACACCCUAUCCAUUGCUGUGCUUACAUGUAUGUGUUAUUAAUUUUGAGUUUAAUCAUCCCAAAUGUUAACUGUAUUGUAGUAAACCAAAUGAUUACAAAAUCCCUGCUUUUUAGAGAAUCAUGUGACCUAAACUCUUCUUUGUUUUUAGAUAAGCAUUGAAUCUUUAAUUGCUGUAGAUAAUGGCUAGCACAUUUUAUAAGCAAUGUGUUACAGACUUUUCCAGACAUUAUGUUUAGCGAUAUAUUUAAAAAAAAUAAAAAAAUUCUCUACAUCAAAAAAGUUUUCUCCUAUCAGAGUAAUUUUUAUUUAUACAUUUCAACCUGUUUUCUGCUGGACAAAUUAUUUUGGCAGAUAAUGGUAUCAUAUGAACUUAUAACAAGUAUUCUAAAGGCCUAUUCAGCCAUUGCAGUAGAAAAAGUGGCCUGCUUUAACGUAAGGGGACAAGCUUCUUUAAUGAGAAGUGUCUGGAUAGAAACAUACAGAGUGUAGGGGCUUGAUAUAUACAAUAAAAUAGAAUUCAGUGUAAAAAAUAAUUUUAUAACUGGUUUUUUUUUUUUCUGUAUUGUAGGACAUAAAAUUGUACAUCUUUUGUAUAUACAAAAGCUUAGGUACUUUCUGGUUAGCAGAAAGCAGCCACAUUCCUACACUUAAUGUAUAUGUUUGUUAUAAUGUCUGUAAACAUGCCCCAUGUUUGUGCCUUUUUAAUUAGUUGGUCUCAAUAAACAAGAAAUGUAGAGCAAAUUC